CCUCCAACACUCUGUCUCUGUCUCUGUCUCUCUCUCUCUCUCUCGCCCUCUUUCUGUCAUGGGGAAUGCAACUUCUUGCGCUCCUUCCAUAAUCCCAUCAAGUGGAGUAGUCAAAGUCCUGUUUUCUAAUGGAACCUUUCAAAUCUACACAAAACCAGUAAAAGCUGCAGAGCUAAUGGUAGAGAAUCCAGGACAAUUUGUAUGUGAAUCUACAAGUCUCAAAGUAGGUCAAAGAGUUCAAGGCUUAUUAGCUGAUGAAGAACUAGAGAGACGCCAACUCUACUUUCUUCUUCCUAUGGAUUUGCUUUACUCUGUUCUAACGCAAGAGGAAUCCACUUCUCUAACUUGCAGAGCUACCAAAGCCUUCAAGUUUAAUCAUUUCGGCAAGAUUUUUCCCGACUUUCGUAUAUUCCCAUCAGAGAUGAAGAAAAUGGAGACUGCAUCAAGUCCAAACUGCAUUGAGCCAAAGCUUGUAGAAAGCUAUUCCAAGCAAAGAUCAUGGAAGCCUGCUCUAGAGACCAUUGUUGAAAGUUGAAACUCCUUCUGGGCCUCUUUGAUGCAGAAUAGUUUUUUCUUUUUUUGUAUUAAAUUUUCUCUCUCCCUAUCUUUUUUUGGUUUUUUCUGAUAUUACAUAAUACAUAUUAAUUAAAUAUUCUUAUAAUUCUUUUUUAUUAAUUGAUUUUUUUUAAGAAAUUAAUUCUUACAUUUGAAGGUUGCAGUUACUAUGUAUAAUUAUAAUAUAG